AUGAUGCCUCAAUCUCCAGCUCCAGCUCCUAUUCCACUAUCUAUGCCUCCAGUCCCCGCCUCUGUACCAUAUCCUGAUACACCCAUUCCUUCUCCCGGACCUACACCUACACCUUCUGGCGUCAAAGCUGCAUACUGGCCUUCUUGGCUAGCUGAAAAAGUUCCUUCAGAAAGCAUCCCUACUGCAUAUUUCACUCAUAUUUUCAAUGCGUUUGCUGUGCCUGAUAACACAUCAUUCCAGUUGCUCAUAAGCCAAGCUGACAAGCAAUCAAUGAUUAACUUCACGUCCACCAUCCAUUCCCAUAGCCCUGCAACGAAGGUCAUGCUAUCGAUAGGAGGAGAUACAGGUUCUCCAAUACUCCCUAAUAUGACGAGUUGCCAAGAUAAUCGCUUUGCAUUCAUCAAAUCAACAAUUGAUGUAGCCAGAUCUUUCGGAUUUGAUGGCCUUGAUCUUGAUUGGGAAUUCCCUGUCGAAUCAGAACACAUGCUGAAUCUAGCAUUGCUCCUCAAAGAAUGGCGCCUCGCCAUCAACAUAGAGUCACUAUCUACCUCCAAACCUCCACUCAUCCUCUCAGCUGCCGUUUACUUCUCUCCUGACUCUCUCUUAUCGGGUACAUUUUAUCCCGGAGAAGCUCUAAGCAACUAUCUUGAUUUCCUAAGCCCUAUGUGCUAUAACUACCAAGGUUCUUGGGACACUUCAGCAACUGGUGCUCCAGCCUUGUUAUACGAUAAGUCUAGCAAUAUUAGCACGAGCUACGGAAUUUCAUCCUGGAAACAAAAUGGGAUUCCUUCAACAAAGCUAGUCAUGGGAAUUCCCUUAUAUGGAAAUACAUGGAAAUUGAAGGAUCCAAAUGAUCACGGAAUCGGCUCCCCUGCAGUAGGAGUUGGCCCUGGAGCUCAAGGAGAAAUGUCAUAUGAUGAAAUAGUAACAUUCAAUUCGGAAAACAAUGCCACAAUAGUAUACAAUAACGAAACAGUUUCAACAUAUUCAUAUGCUGGAACAAAUUGGAUUGGCUACGAUGAUACUAAUUCAAUCAAAGCCAAGAUUAAGUAUGCUAAGGCUCAGGGUCUUGGUGGUUACUUUUUUUGGGCACUAGGCUUUGACAGCAACUGGACUCUAUCUGAAACAGGUAAAAUUCAUGAACUUCUUACAUUUUUAGACGUAGAUUUUAAGUUCUACGCACUAACGGUCUAA